AGCCUUGCUGAGGGAAAGAGAAAGACAGGUUUUCAGUUCUCCAUGAAGUGUAUUAUGUUCUGCCAUUCAUUCCCCAAGCUACUGGAAACAUUCCUCCCAGGAAAGGUGGAGGUGGUGGGGUAAAGCCAAUGGUGAGAUGACAUCUGAGAGGACAGGCUAACCCAUUUCCUGAAUUUCCCACGUGGGGACAGGCUUAGAGCCCAACAGGCUUUGAGGCCCGAAGAUGAGCAGCAACGGCAGCGCAGUGGGCCAGCUCCUCUGGAGCGGGCCGCUGUGCGUCGGCUGGAGGCGGGACCAGGAAGGGGCUGUCUACCACCUGGCCACCUGCCUCCUGCUCCUGGGCUUCAUGGGGGGCAGCGGGGUGUAUGGGUGCUUCUACCUCUUUGGCUUCCUGGGCACGGGCUACCUGUGCUGUGUGCUGUGGGGCUGGUUGGAUGCCUGCGGCCUGGACAUCGUCCUCUGGAGCAUCCUGCUGGCGACUACCUGCGUGCUCCAGCUGGCACACCUGGUGUACCGCCUGCGCGAGGACACCCUCCCAGAGGAGUUCGAGCUCCUCUACAAGACGCUGUGCCUGCCCCUGCAGGUACCCCUGCCAGCGUACAAGGAGAUCAUUCGCUGCUGCGAGGAGCAAGUCUUGACUCUGGCAACGGAGCAGACCUACGCCGUGGAGGGCGAGACGCCCAUCGACCGACUGUCCCUGCUGCUUUCUGGCCGGGUUCGUGUGAGCCAGGACGGGCAGUUUCUGCACUACAUCUUUCCUUACCAGUUCAUGGACUCUCCCGAGUGGGAAUCGCUGCAUCCCUCUGCGGAGGGGGUCUUCCAGGUCACUCUGACAGCUGAGACUGAAUGUAGCUACAUUUCCUGGCCCCGGAAAAGUCUCCACCUCCUUCUGGCCAAAGAGCGAUACAUCUCUCGCCUCUUCUUGGUCCUGCUGGGCUAUGACAUCUCGGAGAAGCUCUACGCUCUCAAUGACAAGCUCUUUGCUAAGUUCGGGCUGCGCUUCGACAUCCGUCUCCCUAGCCUCUACCACGUCCUAGGUCCUGCUGCCCCAGAUGCAGGACCAGAGUCUCAGAAGGAUGACAAGGACAUCCGUGAGCCUGCCGCAUCCCCCUCUCCUCAGGCCCUGCCCACAUCUGUCCAGCAAACACCCCCUAGCUCCCCCGCUCCAGCAGACACCAACCCUCCUGCACCUCCUCCCUGGGUCAGGAUGUCCAGGCCCGACAGCAGCAUCCUGGCUUCUAGAACUCCUCUCCAGAGCUACUCUCAAGUUAUGUCCAGGGGACGGGCCCCCUUGGCUCCAACUCUGACUCCUGAACUGUAAGGAUCAAUUGACCAUCUUUUUCUCUGGCCACGUUAAUCCUCACAGGAAGGUCACUCAUGUGCACACCCCUCUUCUCACCCACUGGAAGGCUCACAGGCAAGGUCGGAGCAGACACAGAAGAUGCUAAAGUGCUGCAGCCACACCAAGGCCCCCGAGUGACUUUUAGAACUUUGCCUUCACCAGGCUUUCUUCACAGAGAAUGCAUCCAAAAGUGCAAAAGCGCAGAUUCUAUCCUUUACUUACUGCAGAAUCUCAGGCAAGUCACAUAGCCUCUCUGAGUGUCUGUAAAGUGGGGAAUAUAAAACCCAGUUCACAGGGUUGUGAGGAUUCAAUGAGUUGAUUCAGGUAAAGCACCUAGGACAUGGCGUGGCACCUAGUAAGCACUCAUUAAAUCACUCAUUUCCUUUCCUUAUGUUGUUUCUUUCAGCGUUCUGAAAGGAUCAAUGAAGUCAGCUAUCCAAGAAGUUUUCACUGUUUUUGUCUUGUUUUAUUUAAAAAUUUUUUUCAUUAAGGUUCAACAUAGGGAAGUAGAAAUUUUAGAACCUAGUUUGCCAUUAAGCUUUUAAGCUCAACUUACAAAUCUUUCCCUCUAUUUAUGACCCUAAUAUUAAACAGUAGUUUUUAGAAGGAUUUUUACAAAUCUAUUUAAUUAAAUUUCCUUAAACAUUUUAAAGUAGACUUACAAAUUUAAUAUAUUAUAUUUUAUUUUAUUUCCCCCCAAUACUGCCACAGGUAUUCUGGUUACCUAUUGCUGUGUAACAUUCAUCCCUAAAGCAGUGAGUUAAAAUCAUCAUGAUACUUUGCUUUGCUCACAAAAGUGGGGCUUGGCUGGGCUCAGCUGGGCUGUUUGCAUUCAGGGUUUCUUGUGUUGUUGCAUUCAGACAGUGACCACAGCCAGAAUCAACUCAAAGGCUUCUUCAUGCAUGUGUCUGGGGCCCAGGCUGGGAAGACUCAAACAGUUGAGGGCUGAAACAUCUGGGAAUCCUUGGGCAACCCUUGCUCUCUCAAGAGUUUGUUCAUUUUGCUGCUGUAUACUACUGUGUUGUGUGAAUAUACCACAAUCUACUUAUCCAUUCCACUAUUGAUAGGCGUUUGGGUAGUUUCUAGCUUGGGGCAAUGACGAAUAGUGCUACUAUGAACAUUCUUGAACUUAUCUUUUGGUACACAUUUUGGGGGUAUAUACUGGAAUUACUGAGGCAUUGAGUAUGUAUAUGUUCAACUAUAGUAAAUACUGCCAAACACUUUACCUAGGUGAUUAUACUGAUUAAUAUUCCCACUGUGUAUGAGUGUUAUGGUUGCUUCUCAUCUUCUCCAAUAGUUGGCAUUGUCUUUUUUUUUUUUUUUUUUUUUCAUUUUAGCCAUUUGGGUGUAUGUAGCAGCAUAUCAUUGUGGGGUUUUUUUUA